AAACAAACCAUACACUUUUCUUCUUUCUCUCCUUUUGAGAGACUCAAAUUGAAGUGUGUUGCUUUCUCUGUUUCUGCUGCCUGUGAGAUUCUCUCCCUCUCCCCUUUCAAGUCAAAGAAGAAAGAAUGAAAUUUUUUAAAAAAGAAAAAGUUAGUAUGAAAUGGGAGCUGGGAGAAAGGAAGAGCCACAGCUCAUAGCAUAUAUUCCCUUCCAACAUAACCCCACUUAUGUUUCUAGAUACGGAGUGAGAACAUCGAACAGCCCGAGUACUCCGAAAUUAUAAAAGAGAAUCACACAGCUGCCACAAUUUCAAGCAUAGCUGGAAAGGAUCAUAACUCAUAUUCAUGUUUCAGCCUUCCACUUGUCUAUCAUUCACCAAACAGAAAUGGGUCUGCAACAUCAAAGUAUGAACUUGGUUUUGUCUACUGAUGCCAAGCCUAGGCUAAAAUGGACUCAAGAACUUCAUCAAAGGUUUGUUGAAGCAGUCAAUCAACUUGGAGGUGCAGAUAAGGCAACACCAAAGAGUCUGAUGAGGGUGAUGGGGAUUCCUGGACUUACUUUAUACCACUUGAAGAGCCAUUUACAGAAAUACAGGCUAGGGAAGAGUCAGCAGUCCCUGAUCAGCAUUGAAAGCAAGCAAGAAGAUGACAAAGAGAUUCAAAGUAGUGAUGAUCAUUUCAAAGAGUCUGCAGUGACUCGAAGUAGUAGGGGGAUCUGCAGUGAUGGAAACCACCAUCCAAUUAACGAAAGCUUUCAGAUUGCACAGGCUCUCCAAAUGCAAAUGGAAGUGCAGAGGAAACUUCAUGAACAGAUUGAGGUACAGAGACAUUUGCAGCUGAGAAUUGAAGCUCAAGGGAAAUACUUACAGACAGUAUUGAAGAAAGCACAGGAAACUCUGGCUGGAUAUAAUUCUUCUUCAAUGGGUAUAGAACUUGCAAAAGCCGAGCUCUGUAGAUUAGCCUCAAUGGUUAAUAGUGGAUGUCCAAGUUCUUCAAUAUCAGAACUGACAGAAACAGGAGGUUCAAUCUUAAAAGAAAUAGAAAGGACACAAAUGAGGAAUACAGUAUGUUCAAUGGAAAGCUCCUUGACAUCAUCUGAGAGUUCUGGAAGAAAGGAAGAUAUGCAAAUAGAGAAUGAGAUUCAUGACACCAACAAGUCCAAUACAGCCUCUGUUGAGCUUCCUUUAAUGGAUAUUCACCCCCAAGAAAACCUAUUGGAUAAUGGUUCAAGUAAUCAAGGGAAGAAGAGGAGAGGUAGUAUCAUAUCUGAUGGUGUUUCUGUAGAGCAGCCCCUGGCUAGAAGAUUGAAAAAUGGUGAUCAGUUGAGGUUGGGGACAUUUGAUUUGAAUAGUUAAUAUCAACACGAGAUUGAAUCAGCUUUGAGAUGAAUAGACUUAAAGUCGCAGGGAAUUGAACAACUCAACGGGGUGCCUUUGGAGAAUCUCAGGACUUUAUACUGGAAGGGUUCUUAUUAAUAUAGUCUCUGCAGGAAAGUUACCUGAUAGAGUUAAAUCUUUGUUUAUAAACUAUGUAUAAUUGGUAUAUGUAUGGACCCAAGAACAUUUUUAAAGUAUAUCCAUAUAUAUAAAAAGAUGGUGUAAUAUAUA